UGCGGCUUUUCUGAAUGUGUUCGUUACAAUCAAGGGUUCAGGAUAUUUUUAGUCGUAUGGUUCACCCGCAGUGAUUUAACUCGACACCUUUGUCAAAAUAGGUAGACUGUCAUCGCAUACAUCUAUAUAGUUACCUGCGAAUUUGGAUGGUCAAGGACCGAUUACCCGAGCUUGAAGCUCGAAUAAAGGGAAAAAAUGAUAAACAAAUUAAAAAGGAUGAAAACUUUAACUUAUCUCAGUUCAAUGCUAAACUUUUCAAUCAAGUAAAUGAACUGCACACGGAUAUUGAACUUUUGGAGAAUGAUGUCAAUACAAUCGACAGACUUCAGAAGGAUAUACUAGCCACUCCGCAAAGAGACUCAGAAUUGGACAAUCAGCUUAAUGCAGCUACUAAUUCCAUUAGAGACAGAGCACAUAAAAUCAGAAGUUCUUUAAAAGAAUUAGAACUAGAGGAGGAUGACAAACUUUUGUCAGGAACGACUGGUAAAUGUCGUCUAAAGUGCUCUCAGCAUGCUGCUAUUUCUCGACAAUUCGUUCACAUUAUGAACAGAUAUAGUCAAAUCCAAGUCGACUAUCGAGACAAGUGUAAAGCUCGAAUUCGAACUAAGCUCAAUCUUGCUAAUGUGACAUUUUCUGAAGAUGAGGUUGAAAAGAUGUUAGAGAAAAACCAUCCUGGGAUUUUCACGCAGGCAAUCAUGGCAGAAACAGAAGCUGCAAAGCGAUCAUUAUCGGAAAUAGAAGCUCGACAUGCAGAUAUUAUUCGUUUAGAAAAAAGUAUUCAAGAGAUGAGGGAGUUAUUUUUCAAUGUGGCGCUUCUCGUUGAACAGCAGGGUGAUUUAAUCGAUCAGGUGGAAUACAAUUUGAGUAAGGCUACUGAUUGUGUUGUAAGUUCCAAGCGAACACUUUCUGCAGCUGUGCUUAGAAAGAGAAAGAAUCGUCGGGUAAGUGAAUUAUUUCAGUUAUCGUCACUUUUUGCCAUUGUAUACCUGUAACUGGUAAGUAUGUCACUAUUUACCAUUCUCUUGAAAAUAUUCGUACAGGAUUUCAGUAACACACAAGUGUUCCCAUUAGCGCCAAAUGUAUAAAUUGGAACUUCUUAUUGUCAGGAUUCUCAGACUAAGAUAAAAUUAGGCAAAAGAAAACCUAAAACUUGAGAUCACUACGUUGCACGCUUAAUAUUUCAUCUGAUCAACGUACUUGUGUUUAGCCCUCAUUCUAGCUGCGUUCUCAUGCUUCACUUGAUAUUAUUUCUCAUCUCUUUCUUUCGAGAAGAUAAUCUUAUGUGCUAGACCACUAACCACAUAUGAUAUAUGAUAGCUUAUGAUGUCCAAGUUGAAAUAGAUGGCAGAGGUUAAUAAGCAACCGAUUAAUAAGACAAGUUUGGUUUGCUACAAAGUAGUUUUUCCUUUGCAAAACCUAAUUUUCUUGGUUAUUCCUGUGUAUGUUUUAUGUUCACAUUACCUUCUGUGAUGUGGCAGGUUGAACCACUUCUCAGUAAUGUUUGUCUCUGCGUUGAUAUUAUUAUUCCUCUCACUCUUGCAAAUCGAAUGUUAUUUGGACUGUUAAAAGGUACAAUAAGUUAUGCAGUACAGUUGAAUUUUCAGCCUACUCAACUUGCCUUGUGAUUCCUUUUGUUAGUUUUUCAUGUGCCUGUUAUCAAAUGUCUUGGAAUAUUUUUAAUUGGAGGCAUUUCAAUACAUUUAACAGUGCUUAGCAUUUUGAAAUUUUGAGUAUAAUUUUUACUAAUCAGAAAAGCAGUAACAACUACCGUAACUAUUCUAACUAUAUUUGCCUAUCGUCAUCUUUAUUCUCAGAGACAAGUAUUCUGUAAAGCUAUAAUUUCGCCACUGUCAAUAAACUGAUCUCUUGAACUUCAGGCACAGAAAUUUGCAAUGUACGAUUGGGUCCUUGUAACAGUCCUCGCUGUACAAUUAAAGGUUUCAUGUAUCACGUCAGUAGCGCUUAGCUAAUUAUCUGA